AUGCGUUUCUCCGCCGCUGCCGCCGCCGUCCUGGCUAUCCCAGGUGUGUCGGCCAACCUCCACCAGCUCGCAGUGGGUGCCGGAAAGAAGUUCUUCGGCUCGGCUACCGACAACGGAGAGCUCUCGGACGCGGCUUACCUGGCCAUUCUGAAUGACACCAAAGAGUUUGGCCAGAUCACGCCGGGGAAUGGGCAGAAGUGGCAGUUCACCGAGCCGAGCCAGGGUAGCUUCUCUUACACCGCCGGCGACCAGAUCGUAAACCUCGCAAAGGCGAAUGGCCAGCUCGUCAGAUGCCAUACCUUGGUGUGGCACUCUCAGUUGCCCUCAUGGGUAAGCUCUGGCUCCUGGACCAAGGACCAGUUGACCUCGAUUAUCCAAACCCACAUCGCCAACGAGGUUGGCCACUACAAGGGUCAAUGCUACUCAUGGGACGUCGUGAAUGAGGCCAUUGACGAUAGCGGCGUAUACCGAACUUCGGUCUUCUACAACGUCCUAGGCACCGACUUCAUCCCGAUUGCAUUCAAGGCCGCGGCCGCAGCCGACCCCGCUGCCAAACUGUAUUACAACGACUACAACAUCGAGUACUCGGGCGCCAAGCACACCCGGGCCCUCGAGGUUGUCGACAUUAUUCAGAAAGCCGGGGCCCGGAUCGACGGUGUCGGCCUGCAGGCCCACUUCAUCGUGGGCAGCGUCGCCAGCCAGAGCGACCUGACCAAUGUGCUGCAGUCGUAUAUCGACGCUGGCGUCAGCGAGGUCUCGUACACCGAGCUCGAUAUCCGCUUCAGCAGCCUGCCGGCCUCGGCCUCUGGGCUGCAGCAGCAGGCCACCGACUACAGCACCGUCACAAAGGCCUGUCUGGCCGUUGCCGAGUGCAUCGGCAUCACUAUCUGGGACUUCACCGACAAGUACUCCUGGAUCCCCAGCACCUUCCCUGGUCAGGGGGCCGCCCUCCUGUACGACGAGAACUUCAGCAAGAAGCCCGCGUGGACAGCCGUCUCGUCCGUACUGGCCGCUGCCGCCACUGGCGUGGCCACGGCCACGGCCACAACGAUUGCGACGCCCUCGACAACCCUAGCCACCUCGGUCGUUCCGACUUCAACGAAGACCACGGCAGCCCCGGCUACCUCGACGACGGCUUCGUCGUCUGCUGCAGCGCGGUGGGCACAGUGUGGCGGAAAGGGCUGGACCGGUCCGACGACGUGCGUCAGCGGGUCGACCUGCACGUAUCAGAAUGACUACUACUCGCAAUGCCUUUAG